AUGUUGUUGCUGCAACUCAAGGCUCCUGGGUUCCAGGGGCCACCCUCUAAGGCGCUGCUGGGGAGGGUAGCAGCCCUAGUCCCCCACAAGCCUCUUUGGACCUGCUCAGAAAUUCCCCUGGGGGGUGGGGAGGGCACCGAAGCAAACCGCCUGCAGGCUGCUGGAGGGGAGGCCCCUGCACGGGCCUGGGUGACCCUCCCUGACCUGGGGCCCUUCCAGGUGCCCCACAAGCCUGCACUUUGGGCGCUCCUGCUGGCGCUGCUGGGAGCCGCACCAGUCUGGGCCAGGCUCCGUGCCUGCAGCGUCCCGGACGUGCUCCGUCACUACCGCGCUGUCAUCUUCGAGGACCUGCAGGCCGCUGUGAGGCGGGGUGGGACAGGCUUCAGACACCUCCAUUUCACUCAGAAAAACCAGACUGGAGCGGCGGCCCCCCGACGGCGGGGUCGGGUGGGAGCCUCUUGUGGCGUCCAGAAGGAGCAUAGUAUCCUGCUGUCCAUCGCGACCCUGGGGCGGACUCUGCGCGGCGUGGUGGCUGGCGGCCGCCGCGGGGCGCUAGAGAAAGCGGCGUGGACCGUGGCCCUGCGCACGGAGGCGGUGAUGCGGCGCCACUGCUGGACCCUGCGCCAGAGGAGCCGGCGGCCCCAGUCACGCCGUGGCCUUGGCCAGCGCCGCGGUCGGAGGCGGCUCUUACUGCGCGCCCUGGACGCCGUCGCCACCUGCUGGGAGAAGCUGUUCGCACUGCGCGCCUCGGCCGCGGAGGGCUCCUAGUGCGCCUGCGCGGGGCCUGGGCGGGAGCCUCGUUUGGCCACGACGUCGGCCGGCCGCUGGGUCCUGGCCCCAGCCCCGUCGCUGCCCGGGCUCUCUGGAGGGCCCAGGACUUCAAGAUGGGAGCCCUGAGAGGCCUCAAUAAACCGAGCUGGCGCUGCGGUCCGGUUCUUCCCUUCGCCUGCUGGCCGUGGGCUGGGCCACCCCGGGAUGGGCCCCUCGGUAGCCGGCGCUGGGCUGUUGUCGUGCGCACGCACGUUUGGGGCCCCUGCGGGGUAGACUUCACGUGGACGGGGCAGCGCUCCCAGCCUUGGGCAGCAGGGGGCGGCUUGCGACACCGGACUGGACUCCCGCUCC